CAAACACUUGUCCUUCUAUCACAAAUAGAUCUUCAACAAUACCAACAUCUCAACAAUGGAGUUUCCACAGAGUCACCACCACCACCACCGGAGAGACGAAGACGAUGAACAACCACCGCCCUUUAACCGACCACCACCACCACCAUUUUAUCAAGACAACGAAUUCGCACCACCACCACCAUUUCAUCAAGGCAACGAAUUCGCACCCCCACCACAACGUGCACCACCUCCUGCAUAUUUCCAAGAAAACGAAUUUUCACCACCACCACUACCGCGGCCCUAUUAUCAAGAACCUGAGUAUGCUCCACCACCACCACAAUCUACACAUGUGAGUCACGUGCAUCACCGUCCCACGAGUGAUCAGCAAGAAUUCAAUUCUUUCAAUUACCAACAGCCACCACCACCAACUCAAGUGAGCCAUGUUGCUCACGAAGAAUAUCAAUCUGAGACUUCACAUCAUUCUUUCAAGCCUCAUUUGCCAUCUGGUCUUCAUUCUCACUCUAAUUCUGCCUCUGCCUCUCUCUCUCAUCUCGCAAACAAACCCACGGUCAAAGUCUACUGUAAGGCUCGGCCCGAUUUCUCCCUUACCAUCAGAGAUGGUAAGGUGAUUCUUGCAACAUCCGAUCCCUCAGAUGAGUUCCAGCAUUGGUACAAAGAUGAGAAGUACAGUACCAGAGUGAAAGAUGAAGAGGGCUUCCCCUGCUUUUCUCUGGUUAACAAAGCUACUGGUCAGGCCAUGAAGCACUCUGUUGGAGCUAGUCAUCCUGUACAGCUGGUACCCUAUAAUGCAGAUGAGCUUGACUCAUCUAUAUUGUGGUCUGAGGGCAAGGACUUAGGUGAUGGUUACCGAACUGUAAGGAUGAUUAAUAACAUCCGCCUGAAUGUCGAUGCUUUUCAUGGUGAUAAGAAAUCUGGUGGCGUCCAUGAUGGCACCACGAUUGUGCUCUGGCAAUGGAACAAGGGAGAUAACCAGCGAUGGAAGAUCACCCCUUACUAAUAAAUCGGUAUUGUAUUGCGGUCUCUAAAUGACGUAUUGUGUUUGCUGAAGUAUAGCUUGGAGGGUUUGAUGUUUAUUAUCCGUAUGAGUGGUUGGUGUAUUGUGUGUUUAAUCUGGAUACCUUGAUGUGUGAUUGAGAUUCUCAAAUUCUGCUGCUGUUAUUUUAUUUUCCGGACCGGACGUAAUUGAUAUCCAUAUAUGUUAUUAUGAAAUAUAAAACAUCUACUACUAAA